AUGGUAAUUAGUGCUAAAGAUAACGAAGAGACAACACCAAUAGCACAAGAAAGUGAGAAAUUUUGUCCAGCAGGAAAUUCAAACGAUGUAAUUAUAUCGUUGGAACUUAGUGAUAUUAGUCCACGUACUGUGAAACUUACAAAAAAACGGAAAUUAAUUGAAUGCUGUAAAGCAGAAAAACGUAAAGCAGCAAUUCCUGUAUAUAUUAUAACGGGUAUUGGUAUAUUAUUACUUGCUACAAUUAUUGAAUGGAUUGGUCAUAGUGAAGAAGAUAAGCGAUAUCAUUUAUCAAUUGUUACUUAUGUUAAUGAAUUAAAUACCACUUGGAAGGCAAUUUAUAAUCGUUUUGCAUCACGAGGAGUAAGUGCAAAAGAAAUUUCUCUAUUAGCUCAUAAAAAGAAAAAAAUAAGUCAAGAAUAUCGUCUUGGUGAUACAGUUGAACAUAUAAAGUUUUUGAAGAGUAAAAAAUUACAUUUACCGGAACAGUUUGAUGCACGUUUACAAUGGCCUCUUUGCUGGUCCGUUCAUCAGGUAGCUAAUCAAGGUGGAUGUGGAUCAUGUUGGGCUAUAUCAGCAGCAUCCGUAAUGUCUGAUCGUUUAUGCAUAGCAACAAAUUAUAGCAAUCAAAAACAAAUCUCUGCAGAAGAUCUGAUAACUUGUUGCGCAGAAUGUGGCGGAUGCCAAGGAUCACAUUGGGCAUUAUCAGCAUUCAUCUAUUGGCGAAAUCAUGGUAUUGUAACAGGUGGUGAUUAUGGUAGCUUUGAAGGUUGUAAACCAUAUGCUACCGCACCAAGUUGUGGUAGUCCAUGCUCCUUUGAACACUAUCGAAAGAAAGCAGCACCAAUUUGUCAAAAAACUUGUCAACCACUUUAUGGUCUUAGCUAUGAAGAGGAUCUUAUAAGCAGUCGAAAGGCUUAUUGGAUUCGAGCAGAAAAAGGUAGCAAUGAUGUGCAUGGAAUUGUUCAAGAAGCAAUUGGAAAUGAUGAUCCAAUAGAAUUAAUUAAACGUGAAAUUUAUUUAUAUGGUCCAAUACUUGCAUGUUUUAUAGCACGAGAAGAUUUUCAGCAUUAUAAUUCAGGAAUUUAUCAAACAAUUAAUUCAACAAUUUCAAAAGAACUUUAUGGACACUGCGCUAAAUUAUUAGGUUGGGGAAAAGAGGGUACAUUUAAAUAUUGGCUUUAUAUGAAUACAUGGGGACGAAAUUGGGGUGAUUAUGGUUUUUUUCGUGUAAGUCAAACGGAAUUACCUGAAGAAGCAAUUGCUGGAUUACCAUAA